AAACAGGUAAAAACCUCUUGCAUCAAAAGGAGCAGAAGCCGCAAUGCGGAGAGGAGAGGCCCUGCAAGCACGCAUAACACGUGGCAGAAGGGAGAUGACUCGAAUUUAUGACGACAUACGGAAGACCCACUACUCAAUUCCUGCCGGAAAAAAUUAGGUCACAGAUUUAGGAUCGAUCGACUCAGCUUUCUUGCUUGCCUGCUUGCUUGCUGACAAGAGGAUGGGCCGUAAGAAAGUGGAGCUAAAACGAAUUGAAAACAAGAGCAGUCGCCAAGUUACUUUCUCAAAGAGGCGAAAUGGAUUGUUCAAGAAAGCUCGUGAACUCUCCGUUCUUUGUGACGUACAAGUCGCCAUCCUUGUCUUUUCAAGUUGCGGCAAGCUUUAUGAAUUCUCUAGCGUUGGCAGUAUAACCAAUAUCCUCAAGCGUUACACGAGCCAUUUUAAAAAAAAGGCAACUUCAUCCAAAGAUGCUAAUCAUGCAGAGGUAUAUUGUGGUAAACAUGCGAACUUGAAAUCACUUGCAGAGCUGCUUCUAAUGGUUGAAAGGAACCUUGAAGGUCCAUAUGCUAUGGAGUUGAUCUUGGGUGACCUUGUGGAACUAGAGAAACAACUGCAUGCUACUCUAACACAUGUCAGAGCUAGAAAGAUACAAAUGAUGUUGGAAUCAGUGAAGUCCCUCCACGACCAGGAAAAGAUGCUGAAAGAAGAAAACCAGCUGCUAGAGAAACAGAUUGUAGCAAUGAAGAACGGUAAAGACUCGGAUCACCCUCUGUAUCAUCCUCCACAACAAACUACACUGAGUUUGCUUAAAUAGUGAGGCAGCACAUGCAGUGUGAUAACUUACCGCUGGAGGCGGCUAUAAUGGCAGGCAGUCUAGUUACCUCUUCGAUCUCACAUGCAUGCACUAGCCCAUUUUACCUUCAUUAUCUUCCUGCCGAAGUUGCAUUUCCACCGUUUCUGCUUCUCUUCUCUUUCUUAUUUGAGCUGAUGUUUAAGUAUCCUCCACCCUCCCAAGCAUUUGAACUCUGUUUCUAAACAUUUCCAUUUAUUCAAAAGCAUAUAUUUAUCA